UGGAUGACUUUUUUAAUCUUUUGUACUAAGUCGAGGGGGUACGUAAUUUCGGCACUGGUCUAUUCGGAACCGAACCAACCAAUGGUCAGCAGCCCUGCCGGCAAUGACUGCCUAGUGCUUAUUCCAAUUUUUACGAAAAAAGAAAUAAAAUUAUUCGGGGUUGUCUUCUUUGCGAAGGUCAUCUUCGGACAGCAAUAACUUUCAGGCAAUGAUUUUGGAAUUUUGUGAAGCUGGUCAUAGAGGGAUUCGUUUUCUGUAUUUGCGCCCGUAGUUGAUGAUAGAGUAUGGAUUGGUACAAGAUAUUAGAAUUAAAUAAGAGUGCAACGAAAGAAGAAAUUAAAGAAGCGUAUAAGAGAUUGGCUCUCACAUAUCAUCCAGAUAAGCAUUGCCAAUCUCCAAAGGCCGUGAGGGAAAGUGCGACUCUCAGAUUCAAACAAAUCUCUGAGGCCUACCAAAUUCUUUCUGAUGAUUGCAAGCGCGCUGAUUACAACAUUCGUUCCUCUGCUUAUAGUAGUACUAGUCAUGGCUAUGGCUAUGCCUAUGGACAUCAAUACAGUUCGCAUUCUUAUAACAGGCAGCAUAGAAAAGGUGGUUAUACUUAUGCCUCCAAGUUGGAUUCUGUUUUUCGCUUCUUAACGACGCGUUCUUUUCUUCUCAAUUUUGCCUUUGCUAGUGUUUUAAUUGGUGGGUGGAUGGUGAUAGAUAUGAGCGGUGAGGCAAUGUGGAAAAUACACAACUCUGGGAAAUCAUUUGAUGAAGCCAUGGUAUCUGUUGAAAAAGGGAAGGCAGAUAGGCAGAAGGGGUAACAACAAGUUCAUACUCUAUCUAUUCUAUAUCUCAUAAGUAUGUGAGGUUUGUUUGGCUACUUAGUUUUUCCAUUUUGUUAUUCCCAAACCAAAAAUCUAUUAGAUAUCUGUAUAUGAAGUAAAUAUAUGAAAAUUUAUACUUCACUUCCA